AUGCCCAGAGAGAUCAAGAAGCGCGGUCGCCGGGCCGAGAAAAAGCGCAAGGAGGAGCGCGAAGCAGACGAGGUCGAGCAGAAUGCGAACUUUGUCCCAAUCACAGGGCAGACGGAGGAGGAAGCUGAGGCGGCAUAUUACGGCGACGGAGCCCAGCAGCCCGACGACUCGCAAUUCUACGGCCUCCUCACCGACGAGGAGGCCGAGUACUUCCGCGGCGCCGACGAGGUGCUCGAGAGCAACAGCUUCAACGACGCCGACGAGCGCGGCCUCUUCAUCGCCAACGUCUACCGCGAGGCCGACGGCAAGGAGCUCAAGAUCGCCAGCAGCCAGGGCUGCUCGCGGCUGCUCGAGAAGCUGGUGCUGCUGUCGACGCCGCCGCAGCUCAAGAAGCUGUGGAAGGUCUUCACGGGCCACUUCCUGAACCUCGUGCAGCACCGCUUCGCCUCCCACUGCUGCGAGGUCCUGUUUGAGCGCUCGGUGGUGGUGGCCUCACGAGAGAUGGACCCGGCGUAUGUGGCGGACGGAGGAGAGACGGAGACGCAGGGCGACGAGGUCUUUGCGAGUAUGGAGAGCUUGUUCCUCUAUAUGCUUAAUGAAAUCGAACCCUCGAUCAUCCCCCUCCUCUCACACACCUUCGCCUCGCACCCGCUGCGCGCGCUCUUGCUGAUCCUCUCGGGCCAGCCCGUGUCCUCCUCCGCCUCGCAGUCGCUCGUGCAGAGCCGCAAGAAGAAGAACAUCUCCGUCGUCUCCGACUUUGCGCCGCCCGAGGCGCGCGAGGCCGGCGCCGCGAUCGAGGUGCCCGCGUCGUUCGCCGAGGCCGUGGAGCGCAUCGUGGCGACGGUGGGCGCGGGCCUGGACGUCGAGGAGAUCCGCGCCAUGGCCGUGCACCCGAUUGGGAGCCCGACGCUGCAGGUGCUGCUGCAGUUGGAGAUGCGCAGGUCGCGGAAUGAGCGGAAGAGGAGCGGGAAGGAGGAGGUGACGCUGCUGGGGAAGUUGACGGGGAUUAGUGGUGAGGAGGGGGAGGGUGGAGAGGGGGAGGAGGAUAAGAGGCCGUCGAGCUUCUUUUCGAACUUGCUGUAUGAUCCCGUGGGAAGCCAUUUGGCGGAGAAGAUCAUGAGCUAUGCACCGAAGAAGGAGUUUAAGAAGCUCUAUAAGGCGCAUUUCAGGACGCGCAUGGGCAGUCUGGCGAGGAAUGAGACGGCGGGGUUUGUGGUGGUCAGAGUGCUGGAGAAGCUGGGGAAGGAUGUGAUGAAGGAGGCGAUUGGCGAGAUUUUGAAGGAAGUUGGGGGAAUGAUUGAGAGGGGCCAAGUCGCGGUUAUCAAGACCUUGAUAGACGUCUGCGGAAAGCAGGAAGUCGACGCAACUGAGAUCGCAAAGGCAAUCUCCGACGCCUACAACUGCACCCCCGAGCAGCUCAUCUUCAAGAUGCUCGCCCUAACCCCCGAAGACCUGACGCCCAAGCCCCUAGAAGAAGGCAAAGAAGCCCCCAAGCCCAAACGCGACCCCAAGCAGCGCCACGGCUCCCUCCUCGCGCAAUCCAUGCUGCAGCUCCCCAGCCCCUUCCACCCCCUCAUCACCUCGUCGCUCGUCGCGCAGAGCAGCGCCACCCUCGUCGCCCUCUCGCAGCACGCGCAGGGCUCCCACGUCAUCCAGGCCUUCCUGCUGUCGCCGCACUCGGCCACGCCCGAUCGGCGGAAGCUGCUCAACCAGCUGCGCGGCGCGUGGGCGCGGCUGGCGACGCACCAGGUGGGCUCGCACAUCGCGGACGCGGCGUGGCCCGCAACGGGCGGCCUGAUGAACUAUAAGCAGGCCAUUGCGGUGGAGUUGCUGGCGGCCGAGCCGGAGAUGAGGGAGAGCUUCUUUGGCCGCACUGUGUGGCGCAACUGGGCGAUGGAUAAAUACAAGACGCGCCGGAACGAGUGGUUCGGCUUGGCGAAGGAGGCCGCGUCGUCGUCGCUGGCGAGCGGGGUGGGCGCGCUGAAGAUUAGCGGCAGCGGUGGUGGUGCAGCAGCAGCUCAGGGUCCACACCAGCAGCAGCAGCAGGGAGAGCGGAAGAAGACUGCAAUUGAGCUUGCGCGGGAACGGCACGCAGCUAAGAGGGCGGCGUCCGGGCAGCCGAAGACAGGCUCUGGCUCUAAUGCAGUGGCCACGGCGACUAAGAGGCAGCGUGUCGCGUGA